AUGUCAGGAUUGAAUCACCCCGAGUAUUUGAACAGUUUCAUUAUUGAAGACGUCAAAAUCUUCAAUGGACAUAAUUUUAUCGCCAACGGUUUUGUCGUUGUUAAGAACGGUCUCAUCGCCCAUGUUGGCAGCUGCAAGCCAGUUGAGACCAAUCAAAGAGAUAUCGUGAGAAUCUCUCGACCUCAACAUACACUGAUUCCCGGAUUGAUUGAUGCCCAUAUUCACGCCCUCAAAGAGUUGGUCAGGGACCUCCAGAACCUCAACAGGUAUACAGAUUACAAGUACGCUGGACUCGGAGCGAUCAUCGAGGGAGGAUGGCCCAUGCCUAUCAUGAAGAAGGAGCUCAAGUCAGUUCCUCAAGGCAGAAAGAUACUCGACACUAUUGUUUCCGGUUGGCCCAAGUUAAAGGCAAACCGCGACGCAAAGCUGUUUGUCCAGCAACAGGUUGACGGGCAUGGGGCAUCGUAUAUCAAGAUGUUUCACGAACUCGGAGAUACAAUCGGCAUGAAACUGCCGCCGCCUCCCCGAGAUGUGCAAGUUGCUGUAGUCGAAGCUGCUCACAACGCUGGCGUUAUCGCUGUUGGUCAUGCAUUUAGCUAUGAAGGCGCCGUGGCGCUUCUCGAAGCUGGAGUCGAUGGUCUGACGCACGUCUUUUUCGACGAACCCCCAAACGAUGACUUCAUUCGGAUUAUGAAAGCAGGCAAUAUCCACUGCAACCCGACACUAGGCCUGUGUGCAUCGCAAACCUCUGAGCGACAGGAAUGGCACCAAGCUUUCAGAACAGACCCCUUCGCCGAGAGGAUGAUGAUUCAGAAAGCGGCUGAUAGACCAAUCGGCCUUGCCAAGGAUGAGCGUCCAAAGGCUGCUGUUCAACAUGCCUACGAAACUACAAAGAAGAUGUACAGAGCUGGCGUUCCCUUGAUCGUCGGGAGCGACUGUGCUGGAAAGGGACUUGGCGUAACCUACGGUCUUGGUAUACACAUUGAGAUGUACUUGUUUUCCCAUGAAAUCGGCAUGUCGCCUGAUGAUGUUCUCAAAUCUGCGACGUCCACCAUAGCUGCUCGUUUCGGUUUUGGUGAUAGAGGACAGAUUUUGGUUGGGAAGAGAGCGGACCUGGUACUUGUGGAGGGUGAUGUCGCGGAGGUGCUGUCGGAUCCGAAGAAGCGCUGUGUACCGAUCGCGGGCGUAUGGAGAGAUGGCGUCCUGGCAUCUGUUUAUACGCGCAAUUAUCCAGAGUGUAACUAA